AUGUCAAAGCUGAAAGAGCUGAAGAAAUCGAAGCCAGUCAAACUUAACUCUGCUGAGCAAAGCCUGCUGUCAAAAUAUCUGAAACCCAGACCUCGAUCUCCGGAGCCAAAAGUGGAACCGAAAGUAGAGCCUCUGCCGACAGAAGCGCCAGAACCUGAUAAAGAAACGCCCGAACCUGAAAAGCCUGAAACACUUCCUGUGCCUUUAAGUAUUGAUGAGCAGACAGUUGAAAAUGAAACUGAAUCAAGCAAGGAAAACCAUGUCUUCGUCGUUCCAGCGAUUCCGGUUCUGGGAGCCCGAAAAACUGUCAAAGGAAUUCGCAGUUCGACGAAAUAUGAUGGAUCGAAGAGCCGUCUUGAGCGACUCAAGCGGCUCGAUGCUUUAAAUCUGCCUAGUCCAGAAGGACCAAAGAAAAGAACGCGAGAAACCGAUGAAUCCGGAGUUUCCCCGGACAUGAAAAAGAAACGGGUCGUCGGCAAAGUUGCCAUGGAGCCUUCUGCGAUGAAACCCCCGCGAGCGCCUGCGUCUCCAGAAGACUACAUUCCAAACGACACCAAAUCCUGUCGUCAGCUAGUUCUCAAACUCCUUAGCCCAUAUUUCAACGCUGGUAAAUUUGAGGAAAAAUCGCACUUCAAAGAACUUGCCAAAAGAGUCACCGAAAGCCUCGUCAAGGUGGACGCGAAAACAAGCAAAGUCCCGAAUACGAAAAAUACUGCCAAAAUGGCCAUCAAGAGGGCAGCCAAAAAUUUCUUCUUUGAAUGUCGUCCAAAAGUUCAAUCUUCCGACGAUUUGGAGAAGUUUAACUACGAGGAUAUUGUAACCCUUCGACAGCCCAAACUAAUGUCUUAA